AUGGAUACAAAGGUUCUACCACUGUGUGAUGUCUGCCAGACACUCGACCUACAGAAGACCAACACUAAUCGGGAACCAACCAAGUACCAUCUCGGAAAUUUGGGAGAUAUCCAUAGGAAAGGUUCAGGACCACAGGCGUGUCCUUGCUGUUCUCUCCUUAUUCCAUUUCUGACCCACUAUGGCUCAUACGAUGACGACUACGAAGUGUCCAUCGAGUGGAAGAAAAAGGGCGGCUUUUUCUUUUCCACCGAAGGUGACAAUCUGGCAUUUCUGAAUGAGGAUAUAGCAACCUCUCCGUAUGGAUCCGCCCGCGCCGUGCAUAAUGUUAUUGAUCCUAACUUGAUCAAGAAAUGGUUAGCGAUAUGCGAACGAGAUCACGGGGAUCCGUGCAAUCCACAAGGCAGAGUAAUAAAGUCCUCCUCCGAUGAUGAUGGAGUAGCCGUACUAAGGCUGGUCGAUGUCAUUGACCUAUGUAUUGUGGAAGCCAGUCCUGGGGAUUGUUACGUCGCCCUAAGCUACAUCUGGGGGCCAUCUCUCCCUGAUAUACGACUGACGAAAGGAACCUUAUCUGAUUUGACGACAAAAGGAUCACUGUCUUCGUUUUUUCCCAUAAUGCCGAAGACAAUCGUGGAUGCGAUCGAUCUGGUUCGACGGAUUGGAGAACGCUACCUUUGGGUUGACAUGUUAUGCCUUCUUCAAGAUGACGACGAAGAUAUGCUAGACGGAAUUGCCCAUAUGGACCUUGUAUAUCAGUGCGCAGCGUGUACCAUUAUUGCAGCAUACGGAGAGGACUUCAAUGCAGGGCUACCUGGACUGAAUGCCGAAUCUAGGGUCGUUGACCAGCAAAUCACAGAAGUUCUUCCUGGGAUAAGAAUGACCUCGACUACUGGAGUUUACAAUGAUAUGCAGAGCAUUUAUACAACCCGCGGAUGGACACUGCAAGAGCUAGUCUUAUCGCACCGCACGCUGGUUUUUACGAAAAAUCGCAUUUAUUUCCGUUGUCGUUCAAAUUGUAUGAGCGAAGACACCAUAUACGACAACUUUCCCUCCGCCGUUAACACGGUACUUCACUCAGGAAGCGGUAUAUCAUUUCUGGCUGAUUCAGAGCCCAGUCCGCUUCAUGCAUACACCUCGCAGCUGUUCCGAUACGCCGACCGCGAACUCAGCAAGCUGUCCGACACCAUACAUGCGUUCACUGGAAUCCUCCGAUUUUUGUCUGUCCAAGCCAAGUCUGGGAUCCUUGAAGGCCUCUUCACAUCCUCUUUUGACGCAUCCGUACUGUUCUGGGACAAUUUUCCGCUCGCAAACCAUGCUCCAGGGCGCCGUGAUGGGUUCCCCAGCUGGUCUUGGGCAGGAUGGACGAGGAUGCGCGAUGGAUACAGCCGAUUUUGUACGAGUCCCGCGACUGCAAACGCCUGGCUGCGCUCGGACACUUACAUAGUGUGGUACAAACGCAGAUAUCCAAAUGCUGAGCUCGAGCUGAUCUGGGAUCUCGAUUCUCAGCUCAAACACGGCAAACCAGAGGACGGAGAUGUUGGUUAUAGGCCGACAUCUGAGGACCCUUAUGGAAGGGACCCUGGAAAUUGGAAUGUGGAAGGCCGUCAAACCAAGCCAGAUACAUCCAAUGGACAUUGUGAAGGCCUGAUACGCGAGGAGAUGAAGAAAAGAGAGUAUUCCUUCCUACACUUUUUUGCGUACACCGUACUCGUUUGUGGAUUUGGGACUCCUCCUGAGAGCUCAAAUUGGGCAAAGACCCAUCCUAUCCUUGGAAAGGACGGUGCAGAGUGCGGUGGGCUUACGUUUGACGACCUGAAUGCCCGAGAGAGUGCUGAUGGCCCGUCCGAGCUUGUGAUUCUCUCGAAAGUGGAUAAGUAUGACGACUUUUUCAAUGAUUCUGUCACGCACGAGCGACCAUGCUACUGGGUAAUGUUGAUUGAGCGGAUGUUGGACGGGCGAGAAGACUCUGUGCUGGCAGAGAGACGCGGCAUUGGGUUUCUUUUUGAGGAUUGCAUGGAACAUGUUCUUGAGCCGGGGAAAGUGUGGAAGGAGAUAGUACUGACUUAG